GCACAGAUCUCGCGCCGUGACGUGCACAUGCCUGGGUUAGGGUUGUGAGCGGGAUAACGGAUCUCCGAAAGGCCGUAACUAUGAUAGGUUGAUACGGUGCUUUGUGUAUCAGUCUUUCAACCGCAUGUGGCGUGGUUCAACAUGUAUGUAUGAGCACUCUUCAACUCGGGUGCGCACCCUUGCACGCCAUCCCGCAGAACGAGCACUCGUCCACCUCGCCCAUUUCACAACCACACGGCCACUUCCCGUCCAACUCGAGAUACCCCAGACUCAACACGUAGUCUACAUGCAGCAUAUGCGUACAACUCGGGAUCCUCGAGCCCUCGCCCUCCUCGCCGCCAAGCCCACAGAGCACGCAUGUGAACGCGCCGUCGGCGGACGGAGUCUCGUCGACCUGGAAGAGCAUUACUAUGCCACUCCAGUACUCGUCGAGCGCCUGACGGAUACCGCGCGGACAGUUGCAUGGCCACAUGGGCCGCAGCCACAGACGCUGCGAGAAUGUCUCAAUGCAGUGUGUGUGCAGCGUGUCGCGGCAGCCGGGGAGGGUCACCGGACGGGGCGCGGUGCGUCGGUCGCCAGAGAUGCGGCAGUGCGCGCAGGUGAAGAGGUAGCGCUUGGGGACGUCGGGGCUUGCAGUCGACAUGGGCGGUUGGUGAUGGGUCGUCGGUGCAGGUCCGGGGGUGCAGGUCCGGGGGACUACCUAUGGCGCAGAGGAAAGGGACAGGAACCCGUUGGAUACGUUCCAACUGCAUACAUAUAUUACGGCGUCGUGCUCAAGUCGCUUCUUCUGAAGCGCGAUGUUGUCGGUCGUUUGAUACAGUCAUAAAUCAGGUUGAACGAUAACGUCGCUAACGGCCAUUCAUCGAUAGAUA